ACCAUGUGUUUUCCCUGUUCAAAUUUUCCUCAAAAACAAAUCCAAAGUGACCAGUGAUUGCUGCGUUUUCAAAUUCCUCUAGCGUAUUGUGAACGGGGCCUUAACGUCAACAUUUGAUUGGUAAGUUAGAAUUACUUCACGCAUUGUUAUAGUUGGCAGGUGUUUUGAUUUUCUCGUACAUCACAACACAUUCAAAAGGAAAAGAAAACGCAGUGAGCAAUACGAACAUCACUGCUAACAAAUCAAAUUUUUUUGACACAAAAAAAUCAUGCAAAAGUCGUGGUCAGAGGGGAUACCGUGCGGUCAUGGGAACGGAGCACCGAUCCCCUCUCUCCUUCAUUUUGUGUUGUUUUUAUCUAGUCUAGAGGCUAGUUGUUUUGACCUAGGAUGUUUUGAAUCAGUUAUAAAUAUCGGAUUUUAUUUUCAGAAGAGUAACGAAGAAAGAAGCGGUGUUCGGGAAAGCUGGCGAGUCUUCUGGGAUCGGAUCAGGCUUUGGAGAAAUGAAAGGAGGAGGUAUAAAAAUUGUACCAUGCGAAGGCCCUUUGGAGGGCGGAACACCAUUUCUCCUUGAGUUUGAAACAUUGCCCCCGAGAGCAGUGACAUCAGUUUUUGCCACAUUUGCUGUCAGGUGUCAGCUGAAUAGACGUGAGCCAACUUUCUUUGCAGGGGAAAGUAUUCCGGGUGCAGCAACACCGGGAACUGUUCCAGUGGUGGUCACGACGCAGGAAGGAAAUCUCCUUGGUGAAACAACAUUUCGUUAUAUUGAUAGCAAUGAGGAAGGGUUGGCCGAGAGCAUAGCCGUCAAAUAAGAGUUGCAAAGAAUGUUUGACUAUUGGCGUAAAAUGCACGAAAAGCAGGAAGAAAAAUAAUGCAUCAGUCAAUUCCAGCGGUGCCCUCCUACCCCCGGUUCAAUAAGCGAUUUUUCAAUACGCGAUUUUUUUUUAAAAAAAGGCAAAUUUGUCGUGUGGGAUCAAAUAAGGGAAAAGUAAAAGGAGGGCAAAUGCCCCGUCCCCGGGCUCAUCCAGAAAAUCACACUGCACAAAAUUUUUAAAAUCAUAAUGAAAACGUGUACCAACAUUAGUUUGUAUGUUGUUUUGUUUGCAUGUGUUUUUAUCCUUGGUCUCAACAUUGUGUAAAAAUUUCCCUGACCCCUGUUAAGCUAUCAGGUAUUAAGGUUGGGAAGUUUUGAUCAGUAAAAUACUGUAAAUAAAACGCCAAUUCAGACUCCAAUUCAGCCACCGGCUUUAGGUCGUCCUGAUGAGGGUUUUGUAUUGUCGUUAGUUCUAUGUGGCGAAACAAAAAUUUAAUAGACUUAAGGUAGAUUUCCAUUGUCGCGUUAUUUUACCUCCGUCAACGGGGGUGAAUUUUUCGUCCGUAAAAUAAAAUAGAGCAGAUGUAUGGCCGGCUUGAACAGUGAGUGUUGAGAGCCGGGAAACAAAACCCCCUGUUUCCCGUGGGGCCAGUCAUUUAGAACAAACCGCAAAAAAAAUAAACAAACUGCGAAAAAUGUUUGCUUGACAACAAAUUUGCCGCGGUUUCAAGGUGCGAGACCUCAUCACGCGCGAGUCGAACGUUCAAGUUGUUUCGAAAGGGAGUUAGUGAGUUUAGUUCGCCUUAGGGAGUAAGUGAGUUUCGACCCAUGACACCUCGUUCUAAUUCCUGACGAAUUCCUAUAGACCUUUCCCACAUUCCAACAAACAAUGGCACCGAGUCAAGGUCAGGGUGGACAAAAAUACAGCAAAUGUAUGAAAUGUCCACCCCAACCUCGCUCUGGAGCUAUUGUUCGAACACACUUAAGUGGAAUGCGGGAAAGGUCUAUUAAACGGCCAUCUCCCAUUCCUCCGAGGGUGGCCGCUUAAUAGAGGAUCGACUGUAUUACAGUCAUAUCCUAUUUCAACAUUUACAGUUCUUAAGUGCACAAUGCUAAAAUACAAUGUACUUGUCAUUGAAGAAUUAAAAACUUACGAGUCUUAAAUUUAAUAACAAACAACAAAUGAAAACUAUUCGUAGACAGAUAGUAUUAGAAUCCAUAUACUAUAUGGAUUUAUUCAUUGGAUCCAUAAGCGAUCACCAGGAGGUGAAAUAACUACGAGAACAAAAUAAUGUUUGGAUACUCUGCCACUUGCAACACCCGGAAAUAGGGAAAUGUCCCAGGUAAUAAUCA